GGGCGCGCUCGUCUAAACAGCCUGAGGCGCGGAGCUGUGACGGCAGGUGAGGAGGUUAUCGGGGAUAGGGUGCUUCUCUCACAGGGGCCACCCUCAGAAGGGCCAUGCUUCGAAGGGCGCUGCGGCUCGGCGUGGGCCGGUGCCCCUUGGGACGGGGGCUAGGCACACGGAGAGGAGGCUCCACUCUGGACUGGGAUGGAAAGGUGUCCGACAUUAAGAAGAAGAUCCAGUCAGUCCUUCCUGGAGGGGCCUGGAAUCCAUUGUAUGACACCAGCCACCUGCCCCCUGAACACUCAGAUGUGGUGAUUGUUGGGGGUGGGGUGCUCGGCCUGUCCGUGGCCUAUUGGCUGAAGAGGUUGGAGAAGCGACGAGGUGCCAUUCAGGUGCUGGUGGUGGACCGGGACUACACGUAUUCCCAUGCCUCCACCGUGCUUUCUGUGGGUGGGAUUCGUCAGCAGUUCUCGUUGCCUGAGAAUAUCCAGCUCUCCCUCUUUUCAGUUGACUUUCUACGGAAUAUCAAUGAGUACCUGGCUGUAGUCGAUGACCCUCCCCUGGACCUCCAGUUCAACCCCUUAGGUUAUCUUUUGCUGGCUUCAGAAAAGGGUGCUGCGAUCAUGGAGAACAAUGUGAAAGUGCAGAGGCAGGAAGGAGCCAAAGUUUGUCUGAUGUCUCCUGAGCAGCUUCGGAACAAGUUUCCCUGGAUAAACACAGAGGGAGUGGCUUUGGCGUCUUAUGGGCUGGAGAACGAAGGCUGGUUUGACCCCUGGUGUCUGCUCCAGGGGCUUCGGCGAAAGGUCCAGUCCAUGGGCGUCCGUUUCUGCCAUGGAGAGGUGACACGUUUCAUCUCUUCAUCUGACCGCAUGGAGACUGCAAGUGGGGAAGAGGUGACUUUGAAAAGGAUCCAUGAAGUCCAUGUGAAGAUGGACCGCAGCCUGGAGUACCAGCCUGUGGAAUGUGCCAUAGUGAUCAACGCAGCAGGGGCCUGGUCUGGGCAAAUCGCAGAGCUGGCUGGUAUCGGGAAGGGACCGCCUGGCACCCUGCAGGGCACCAAGCUACCUGUGGAGCCAAGGAAAAGGUAUGUGUACUUGUGGCACUGCCCCCAGGGACCAGGCCUGGAGACUCCAUUCGUUACAGACACCAGCGGAACCUAUUUCCGCCGGGAAGGACUAGGCAACAACUACCUGGGUGGCUGUAGCCCCACUGAGGAGGAGGAACCAGACCCAGGGAACCUGGAAGUGGACCAUGAUUUCUUCCAGGACAAGGUGUGGCCCCAUUUGGCCCAGAGGGUACCAGCUUUCGAGAGUCUGAAGGUUCGGAGUGCUUGGGCUGGCUAUUACGACUACAACACCUUUGACCAGAAUGGCGUGGUGGGCCCCCACCCACUAGUCGUCAACAUGUACUUUGCUACCGGCUUCAGUGGCCAUGGGCUCCAGCAGGCCCCUGCCGUGGGGCGAGCUGUGGCGGAGAUGGUGCUGGAGGGCCACUUCCAGACCAUCAACCUGAGCCCCUUCCUCUUCAGCCGGUUUUACUUGGGAGAGAAGGUCGAGGAGCGCAAUAUCAUCUGAGCCUGUAAGCUCUUCACUGCAUCCCCAGUACCCCGUCUGUCACCCUUGGCUCUAAUUCUGGCCCGUGGUCACAUCCUCACUGCUUGAGUCCUCCCCAGCACCAUGCCAGGGUCUCCUCUACCCUCUUCUGCUCUCAUCCAGGUCACUCUGCCCCCAUAUGGCU